GUCGAAAUUCUUCAUAGCAUAGAUCGGCCUGAAGUGUGCGCGACAAUCACGUACGUGUUAAUGCUGAAUAUUUGAAGUGUUUUUUAUAUAUGUAUCAUUAAUAACAAAUAAUUACAAGUAACACAAGGUCUCUGAAUUGCAGAGGUAUCCAAAAGGAAGUAACUGUUAAUGAGAGACGGGCUAAAUUAUUUUUAGCUGUGGGUAUUUAGGAUAUCCAGUAUCGCUUUAAGUUCUACUUAAUAUUGAAUAAAUGUAUGAAUCCUCAAAGUGUAAUCUGAUCAACAUUCUCGAACUUUAUUUUAAGUGUUUUCCAGGAUUUACGCAACCUUUUGGCACUCAGAAUUAUUAAGAACAAUAUUGAUGUUAUUGGAACAAUUAAAUGUGCAGCAACUGGUGCUCCAGCCCUCUAUAAAGCAGGCCAGCUUUUCUCUGAUCUCGUGUCUCGUGUCUCUUCCAGAGCGGUGAGGUGAAGACUAAGACAGCAAGAAACUACUCUAACGCAAUGGCUCGUCUUUUGCUACUUUUUGUUGCGGCGAUGAUUUUGGCAGCCCAUGCAUCCCUUAUCCCAGGGGUAAGUCAAUUUUUAAAACCUCGACUAUCUCACGAAACUUGUAAAACUGUACGCAUGCUUCCACGAGUUAAAAGAACUAUGUUAUAAUACUUUCUUUUGCUCUCUGAUUUCCCUUUGUUAGCCUCUAAUGUACUACCAGCAAAAACAAAAACUGAAUGGUAUUUUUUACUAAAACUUUUUGCCUUAAAUGUUUCAUUUCUGGAGCCAAUUUGCAUAGCAUCUUCCCUAUAGGGCCCUAUUUAAAACUAAGAACUGUGAUCAUGUUCAGCCACAUCCUUGUACUGAUUUAAAAACUUUGCUAAACUCAAAAGUGACGCAGCACCUUAAGUACAGUAAGAGCAUUCAAAGCAACAGUAAAACACAUAUCAGUGCUAAGCAAAGGUACCCAUGGAUUAAUUUUUCCAAUGUCUGCACUCUACAGGAUUCGUUGUCGGAACUUGGGGAAAUAGAUGGUGAGGAAACAGCCGAUGUGCCGGAGAAUGAAGUGCCUGGAGAAGGUUAGUAAAUUUUAAGAAUGUUGAAACAAAAUAAACUCUUUUUUUUUUUCGCAGACUAUGCAAUAUAGUGGUAAUUAAUUUUUCUUUUUCCGUUCAUUGUUAUUUCGAUGACGAAAUGGACGAAAAUGAAACAGAAUUGGGCGAAGAAGACUUUGACGACGAGGAAGACUCAGAUGAGAUGCCAGAGGAAGGUACCAAGUAUUUGCAUAGCAACAAAAACCUUUAGAUUACAAAAACAAGACUUUCACUUUGCUAAGUGGUGUGCGCGUGAAAACGCGAUAGCUGGCGUCAUUCUACUACGAUUUUUAGCAUUAAUGUCGUAGUGAUGAAAACAAGUCAUCAUUUUGCGAUCAGAAGAGGGUUUAACCUCCUUCAAUAAAGAAAAACGCGCUAGCUUGUCUGGUGAAAAAAGUGCAAUGAGGCUUCCCGGGCUGUUUAUUUUUGAAAAAUACGCGAAAAAACUUUAAAUGAUAUCUUUCCCUUGUAGUUAUCCUAGUCCUCGAACCGAAAGGUCUCUAUUGAUGUUUUUUGACACAAUGAAUAAAGAAGAGUCGUGAAAAAGCUAUUGUUGUUUCUUAAUAUUUCUUUUUACAAAAUAGGCGGGGAGGUAGAUGAAGGCCAGCCACAAGAAGACACCUCUGAUGCAGCCAUCACUCCUGGUGAAGGUGAGAGCUACUCUAAAUACAACGCGCAAAAAAAUAAAUUAACCCUGGUACAAGGGAUAGUUUGAUAGAACCCCUCCCUUGAUUUUUUAUAUGUUGUAGUAUUUCGAAAAGAUUUUUCCUUCAGUGGGAAGCCGUUCAUCUUCUCGACAAGAUGGGUAUACUUUAUGAGUGGUAGCGCUGCUGGAGGCCCCAAACACAGUCGCCAACUUGGAUUUUACCCACAAUUAGAAAUCUCCUAAAUUAAAACAGAGAGAAUUGGUAAUGUUUUGUGUUUGACAUGUAAAAUGACACAUAAAUAAGCACUUUGCUUCAUUUUAUCCACAUGUUUUGCUUUUCUCGUUGAAACAUAUUGAAAAACAUGCAUUUUCACUAAAUAAAAUGGCUAGGUAUCUCGUAACCAUAGUUAAUUACGCAUUCAGAAAAGAGCAAUGCAAAUCAUAUGUCCUGAUAUAGAAUAGCAGCUAGCUUUAGCGCUUUUGAGUUUACCAACGGUUGCUGAGCAUCACCACAACAUUUGCACGCGCACGUUUGAAAGCAUAAUGAGCGACCCGAACCACAAGUUAAGAAAGUUGUUGCCGCCUCUUCAUAAGAGCAACUAUAAUCUAAGGCACGCGCGGACUUUCACUUUGUCGCAUUGCAAGACAAAUAGAUUUAAGAACAGUUUUUUUAUGGCCUCAGGCAGAAUUGUGAAUAAUUUUUAGGUUUCUUAUUAUACGUUUUUAGUCUUAGCUAUUACAAUUAUUACUCAUUUUUACAAUUAUUAGUAUAAAUUAUUACCAUUAUGUAAAUACGCAAUUCAGCUUAUGUUGCAAUGUAUUUAAUAAAGUACCUACCUACCCAUCAUCACCAAACUUAACUCAAAAUGCGCCCGAAAAAGAAACGGACAGCUACUGAAAACGUUAGGUGCUUAGUUUCUUUGUCUAAAAAAAAUCUCAGAAAAACUUCACAUAGGCCGGUGGCAUCAACUCCCUCCCCUACCCCCUUCACGUCCGAGGGUUAAAGGAUAAUUUUCCACUUUCUUAUUAUAAAGUACCGCUACACUUGCUCCGAUGGAACAGCCAAAAACUACUUAGCAACACGCAAAUGGCUCUGUUGUGGAGUAAUGGGAUAAAGUUGAGGAAGAAACCAAACGCCAAAAACCAAACAAAGAACAAGUUGAGACAGUUUAUAAAAUCACUAUCAUUAGUUUAUUCCAAAAACAAAAGUGCCUGUAAAACAGGCUCUAAUUACAAUCUUAACCAAUUUACAAGUUAAAAAUCGUAGGUCAUGGGUUGGACUCCCAAAGUCCUGAUUUUGUUCAUGACUGAAAGCCUAGUAGUGCCGAUUGAUAUCUGUUUCGAUCAUUUCUUUACAUAAUAAGUCAUUUGCAUGAUGGUAUCAUUUUACUACUACUACUACUACCAGAAUUCUUCAGGGUUUUGCUUUCUUAUGCAAAUGAGAUAGAAUUUGGGCUUUUGCUAUUUAAACCUCACUGGGAUAACGAAAUUUAAAUUCGAGGGAAAAAACCAUCAAAUGAAUUUCUUUUCAUAGUAGUAAAAACACGUCAUCGUGCAAGUGACCUAUUAUAUUUCAAACAGUUAAUUAACUUAUGUUCUCCAUAACUCUGUUACAGAUCCCAAAAGGAGAAGACGUUACUGUUACUAUCGCUAUCACUGCCGCUACUGCCUUUAUCGCUGGCGUAGAUGCAAAGGCUCUCGUUACCGUCGCUGUCGUUAUCACGUUUGUUACAGCUGCAGGCGUUUUUGUUUUUCCCGUCGCAGGGGAUAAAAAUUUCGCUGUACCUUUCAGUCCACUUAAACGUUUAGUUGUGGCAUCGAAAAAGAAAAACAUGGAACCCAAUCUUCAUUUCAACACCUUAAAACUAUUCAGUUCUGUAAACUUUUAA